UGCCUGUAGGCCAACGCGGAUCCAUCAGUGAUCAACUGCUUGCACAAUCUGUCCCGUCGGAUUGCCAUCGUCUUGCAGCACGAGGAGCGCCGCUGCCAGUACCUGACCAGGGAGGCCAAGCUGAUCUUAGCCAUUCAGGAUGAAGUGUCUGCCAUGCAAGAAACCACGGAAGGACCACAGUCCCCUUUUCAUCACAUUCUGCCCAAGUGUAAACUGGCCAGAGAUCUCAAGGAGACUUACGACAGUCUUUGUACAACUGGGGUUGUCCGUUUACAUAUCAACAACUGGCUGGAAGUGAGUUUCUGCCUGCCACAUAAAAUCCAUUACGUUGCAACAAGCUUUAUACCCCCCGAAGCAAUUGAGAGGAGUCUAAAAUCUAUCAGGCCUUACCAUGCCUUAUUACUUCUAAAUGAUGAGAAGUCAUUGCUUAAUGAGCUCCCGUUGGACUGCUCCCCUGCCCUGGUGAGAGUAAUUAAAACUACCUCUGCUGUGAAGAAUUUGCAGCAACUGGCUCAAGAUGCUGACUUGGCAUUACUGCAGGUCUUCCAGCUUGCUGCACAUCUUGUUUACUGGGGAAAAGCAAUUAUUAUUUAUCCACUGUGUGAAAACAAUGUCUACAUGCUUUCUCCAAAUGCCAGUGUGUGUCUUUACUCUCCGUUGGCGGAUGCGUUUUCCUGUCAGUUCCGGGGCCACAAUCUGCCGUCGAUGCUGUCCAAGUUCUCCCUCCCAGUUUCACUCUCGGAGUUCAAGAAUCCUCUGGCACCACCAGUUCAAGAGACUCAGCUCAUUCAGAUGGUGAUCUGGAUGCUCCAGCAUCGGCUCCUCAUUCAGCUUCACACCUACGUCUGCCUCAUGGUGCCGCCGAGCGAGGAGGAUUUCCGAGCCCAAGACGAAGACCUGCCCUUUACUGCCAGAGUCGGAGGUCGAAGCCUAAGCACCCCCAAUGCUCUCAGCUUUGGUUCUCCAACUAGUAGUGAUGACAUGACUCUGACAAGCCCUAGCAUGGAUAAUUCCAGUGCUGAAUUGAUACCUGGUGGGGACUCGCCACUAAAUAAAAGGAUGACAGAGAAUCUACUAGCAAGUUUGUUGGAACAUGAGCGGGAAGCUAUUCUUAAUGUCCCUGCUGCCCAGAAUCCAGAAGAUCUCCGCAUGUUUGCAAGGCUGCUGCACUAUUUCCGGGGCCGGCACCACUUGGAGGAGAUCAUGUACAACGAGAACAUGCGCCGCUCGCAGCUGCUCAUGCUGUUCGACAAAUUCCGCAGCGUGCUCGUUGUGACCAGCCACGAGGACCCCGUGAUUUCAGUCUUUCAGUCGCUCUUAAAAUGACUCUUGGCAGGGAAAGGAACC